AUGGCUCAUACACCAGAAGAAGCAGAAGAAGAAAAUGGUCCAACUAAAUCAAGCAUUUCUUCUGAUAUGUCUCAUGAUGAUGAUGAUGAUGAUGAUGAUGGACUAGAAGAUGUGGAAGAAAUAAAUACAAAUCAAGUAGAAGAAUAUCAAAUUCAUCCAAUACAAUCCCAACAAACCACAUAUUCUAGACUUUCACGAACAAGAACUAAUCAUUCCGAACUUUCACGAAUAAUUAGUGGGAUUAAAGAUGAUCAACAAAUUGAUGAACAAAAUAAAAAUAAUUAUAAACAAACUGGUGAUGCUGAAUAUAUUUUAACCAAUGAAAUAGAUCGAGUAACAACAAAUAUUAUUGAUUCUCGUCAACAUUCAACCACUGAUUUAGAACUGCAGCGACGUCAUUUACAUUUACAACAACAACAACAACAACAACAAGAAUUGAAUGAAAAUUCAAAACCAUCAUCAAGAAGUUCACCAAUUAGUGGUGAUUCACAAAGAGAUAAUUUAUCAAUAAAUGAAGAAAAGAAAAAAGAUUUUGUUGACGAUGAGGAUGAAGAUGAAGAAAAGGAGAAGGAUUCAGAUUAUAAACCAGAUGGUGGGAUGGCUUGGAUAAUGGCAAUUUGUGCCAUGAUGGCAAUGUUUUCCACUUGGGGUGCUAAUUCAGGUUAUGGGGUUUUUUUAAAUUAUUAUCUUGAAAGUAAUACUUUCCCUGAAGCUACUAAAUAUGAUUAUGCUUUAAUUGGAGGAAUUGUGGUAUUUAUGGCUAAUAUUUUAUCACCAUUAAGUGCUUUAUUAUAUAAAAUGUUGGGAUUUAAAUUUGUUUGUUGUCUUGGAAUUGUUUUCCAAACUCUUGGUUGGAUUUGUGCUUCAUUUGCUAAAAAAAUUUGGCAUUUAUAUUUAACUCAAGGAGUUUCCGUUGGGAUAUCAUUCCUGUUGAUUUUUAUACCAGCAACUUUGGUAUUACCUACUUGGUUUGAAAAAAAAAAGGCAACAUCAAUGGGUAUUUGUGUUUCUGGUGCUGGAUUAGGAGGAUUGAUUUUUUCUUUAAGUGUUAAUAAAGUCAUUCAAGACACUGGAGAUCAAAGAUGGGCUUUAAGAAUGGUUGGAUUUGUCACUUUAUUUUCUACUUUACUUAGUGCAUUAAUCAUGAGACCUCGUAAUUAUAAACAACCCCCACUUAAAGAAAGUUUGAGUAAAACUUUUAUAAUUGAAAGUAUCAAAGCUAUCUUUGAUGUUCAUGUAUUUAAAAAUCGAGGAAUAAUUUUAAUAGCUCUUUGGUUUUCAAUUGCUCUUAUUGGAUAUAUCUUGAUGUUGUUUACCAUGUCAUCGUAUGCUACUUCAGUGGGUCUUUCACAUUAUCAAGGGUCAAUUUUGACAUCAGUUAUGAAUGCUGCUCAAAUGGUGGGACGUCCUAGUAUGGGUCUCACGGCUGAUAGAAUCGGACGAGCAAAUUUUACUACCAGUGCAUGUUUGGUAAUUACCAUAUUACUUUAUGCCUUUUGGAUUAAUGCCACAACAUUUGGUUCUUUGAUUGCCUUUGUAGUUAUUGUUGGGUUAUUGAUUGGAGUUGGUUCCUCUUUAGCUCAACCAUUAGCUGCUGAUGUUUUAGAUCCUCAUAUGGAACAAAUGCCAGCAGCAUGGUCAGGUAUUAAUAUAACUGUGUCAUUCUUUUGUCUUGUGUCUGAAGUAAUAGCCCUUGCAUUGGUAGUUCCUGGUUCUAAAAGACCUUAUUUGCAUACACAGAUAUUUGCUGGUGCUUGCUUUUUCGCUUGUUUCUUGUUAAUGAUAUUGAUUCGAGAAUUUUUAAUUAAAAAACAAUUGACUUUAAGAUUGGAAUUUACAAAGAAUAAAUUACUUGAAAUUUCUGGAACUACCAAAGGAGGUUAUUUAAGAUGUCAAGAUAAUGAACAACAUGUUAAAAAAGAUGGUGAAAAAGAACAGGAAGAAGAGGAAGAAGAAGAAGAAGAAGAAGAAUCAAUCUUAAUAGAACGAGUAGAAAGAUAUGAGAAUUUGUUAAACAACACUUUGACUGGGUUCUUUAUUCGUGCUUUAUAUCCCAUCAAAGUUUAA